GGAGAAGGAGCAGCUGGAGAACUGCAGGAAGCCCAACCCGGGAGCCAGCCGCCUGGAGGCAGCCCUGCCCCAGGGCUCGGCCCAGGAUGGGAAAGGCCUGCCAGAGCUGGGGUCCCAGGGGCCGGCCCAGGAUUGGCCCGACGGUGAAGCGGCGUCCGGAAUCGGCUCCGGAGCAGAAGGCCUUGGCAGGAGAGCAGCAAGGGGGGCCAGCGCGGGAUGAGAAGGACCUGAGAGGUGACGAACCCCGUGGGCAGCCGCUGGCAGUGAGGGACCAGCCCCAGGGAUCGGCGCAGGAGCAGAGAGACCGAAGUCACCUGGAGAUGAAAAUCCAAUGCAAGCCCAGCAGCCAUGUGGAACGGAAAACGAGCUCCCUGGCUAUGCCCCCCUCCAGCCAGCAGGGUACAGCCAAGAUUCGCCUCCGGGCUCCGGAGUCAGCUGGGGCCCCUUCCGCCCAAGAUGGACCCAGAGUCUCCUCGGUCGCUUCCCCGACUCAGCUCACCUACAGCAGCUCGUUCAAACGCGUCAGCCCGAGGACCGUCUCGUUCCGGGUGAUGUCCAGAAAAGACCAGGAAGACAACGUGUUCACCAGAAGUGCCAGCAUGAGACUCCCAGCCAACAAGAUUGAGGAGAAACUGGAGAAAUACGCCUCGGCCGUGCAGCGCUCUGAGGUGAAGUCGUCCCUGCUGAGAAACGUCCCCCCUUCCUCGGAGGGUGUGGCCAGCAAGCGCAGCAUCUUCGAGGCCAGCAAAGCCGACUCAGUUCCUGUCAGAAAGGAGAGCUUGAGGCUCCCGGGCUUGGUGACAUCUCGCAUCAACCUCUGGAUAAGCAGGACCGAGGAGCCCAGCCAGGAUGGAAGAACCAAGGACACUGGGAAAAUGGACGGCGUGCCAAGGCGCGGCCCCUGGGCCAAGCAGCACAGCGACGCCUCCACCGACACCCGGCUGUAAUGCGAGGAGGCUCCCUGGAGAAGUCUUGCUGUGAUGGUCAAAGCCAGGCCCUGUGCAACCCUGCAGUGUCCCUCCGUGGCUUUCUCUGAGCACCCUCCUCCCAUGAAAUGGGCCCUGAGACCGGCUUUCCCCUCGGGGUCCUGGCGUCUGACUCACGGAGUGGGGGAGGAAGAUCCGAAGAGGACUCGUUUCCCGAGCAGCUGUUCCUUCCCACCGUCCGGCCUGGCACUGACAUAGCAAAGCCACGAGUUCUGUCUGCACUGGGUGCUUCCCUGCCCUCUCCCCGCCGCCUCCUGUUCGCUGUGCCUGGGACCAACGUCCCCCGGGA